UCAAACUUCAACCCCGGACUCAGCCUCUUUCUUUUACAUUUCCUUGUUGAUUUCCUCGAGUUCUCUCUCUCUCUCCCUCCUUAUACCUGUUCGGCCUUCAAGCAAACAUAUUUUCGUUUGGCUUUAUCUGAUUAUUUUUAGCUUAAAAUUCUGGGUUCCAAUCACAGUUCUGUUUCCGGGUUUUUGUGUCAGAAAACUUUGCCCAAGAAUGUUUUUGGUUGCUAAACUUCAAGCAUAAUUGUUUCUCUUUUUCAUCCAUUAUUUGCUGUGUUCUUAUUUCUGAAUCAGUCAAAGUUGGUAUACCUUCUGACAAUUUUCUUAGCUUGGUUGGGGAUUUUCUCAGAUGCCAAACAGGAAAAGAAAGCAAUCACCACAAAUGGUAUCCAAGUUCUUCCUUGUCCUGUCAUUUCUUUCCUUCUUUUCAGGCGGUAUUGUAGCCGCCGGAGGAGUUCAUCGUCUCAACAACCUGAGUUUCAAUGCCUCUUCUCUCGCCGGCAUCGAAUUGCCUGAUCAUACAAGCUUCAAUGCCGUCUCUUCUUCAGCAAAUUCGGGUUGUGGCCUCACAACAUCGAAGAAAACAGCAACUUCUACCAUAAGAACUGAAGAAGAUGACCUUGAUGAAGAAAUUGCAGAACCUACAAAACCCCAUCAACCUGCUGUUAAACUCCACCUAAAACAUCGAUCAGCAGGCCAAACAACUGAGGCCAAAGCAUCAGUAAUGGAGUCCACAGCAAGAGACCUCACCAGAUUCCAGACACUGCAUAAAAGGAUCACAGAGAAGAAGAAUCAGAACAUCAUCUCAAGGCUAAAGAAAGAAAAUGAACAAUCUGGGCGGUUAUAUAACCCAUCAAUCUCACCGGCAGCCUCGCCAGAAUCUUAUACAGACGGGUAUUCCGGUCAGCUCAUGGCGACUCUUGAAUCUGGGGUGAGUCUUGGUUCAGGGGAAUACUUCAUGGAUGUGUUUGUGGGUACACCUCCUAAACACUUCUCUUUGGUGCUUGAUACUGGUAGUGAUCUAAAUUGGAUUCAAUGUGCUCCUUGUUAUGAUUGUUUUGAACAAAAUGGCCCUCAUUACAAUCCAAAAGAAUCGAAUUCUUUUCAAAAUAUAAGCUGCCAUGAUCCCAGGUGCCACCUUGUUUCUUCCCCUGAUCCUCCACAGCCUUGCAAGGCCGAGAACCAAACAUGUCCUUAUUUCUAUUGGUAUGGUGAUAGUUCUAACACAACUGGUGAUUUUGCCAUUGAAACCUUCACUGUUAACCUCACAACACCUACCGGGAAGUCAGAGUUUAGGAAGGUGGAGAAUGUAAUGUUUGGUUGUGGCCAUUGGAAUAGAGGCCUAUUUCAUGGUGCUGCAGGAUUGUUGGGACUUGGAAGAGGGCCUCUUUCCUUUUCCUCUCAGCUCCAAUCUUUGUAUGGUCACUCGUUUUCGUAUUGUCUUGUUGAUAGAAAUAGUAACACAAGUGUUACCAGCAAGCUGAUCUUUGGAGAAGACAAGGACCUCUUGAGACACCCAGAAUUGAAUUUCACUUCAUUGAUUUCUGGGAAAGAAAAUCCAGCUGAUACAUUUUACUAUGUGCAGAUUAAGUUGAUCAUAGUUGGAGGAGAGGUGCUAAAAAUUCCAGAAGAUACAUGGAAUUUGUCACCAGAAGGAGCUGGUGGCACAAUCAUUGAUUCAGGAACUACACUGAGUUAUUUUGCUGAUCCUGCUUAUAAGAUCAUUAAGGAGGCAUUUGCGAAAAAAGUGAAGGGUUACCCUGUUGUAGAUGAUUUUCCCAUAUUGGAUCCUUGUUACAAUGUUUCCGGGGUGAAGAAAUUAGAGCUGCCGAGUUUUGCGAUUCAAUUUGGUGAUGGGGCAGUGUGGAAUUUCCCGGUUGAGAACUACUUUAUUAAGCUUGAACCAGAGGAGGUUGUAUGUUUGGCAAUUUUAGGGACUCCAAGGUCUGCUAUGUCGAUUAUUGGGAACUACCAGCAGCAGAAUUUCCAGAUCCUGUAUGACACAAAGAAGUCUAGGCUGGGAUUUGCACCAACCAAGUGUGCAGAUAUCUAACAUCUUGUCCGGAUUUUGAAGGAUAGAAAAAUUAUACACACGUUGGGCUUGUUGGGAGAUUAUUCAUUUUUCUUGUUCAAAAGGAGUUAAACAUACUUGAAAUUAGAUUUUUGCUCCCUUAUUCUCUUUUAGGUUGUUCAGGCGAUUAUACGUUGAUUGACAUAAAUCAAUCUGUUUAACAAAACUGUAAUCAUCCAUUUUACGGUUCAAUAUAUA